GCAGCAUCGGAGUCUCGGCAAUGAAAGAAGUGAGCAAUUUUUGCGUAAAGUGAUGUUCUUCUUCAAGUUCGCAAAAAGAUUCGCGCACAAAUGCCAAAUGAAAAUCAGAUGUCCUAUCCAACAUCUGUAGUGUUUGCAAUUGUACUCUUUACCUCCAUCGUUACCGUUCAUUCUCUUCAUUACGCAAGCUCUCGCUACCUGGAACCGAUAUACGGAAAUGUUUUUCCUUACUAUUAUUUGAACGAAGCAACCAUGCUGGUUUUUAUACUAGCACUCACUAUCGUCUCCGGCGGAAAAGCUUUACAGAGAAGAAACACCAGCUACUAUAAGGCAUUGGAUAAAACGCUUAAUGCGGCCUCUUUGUUGCUCGCAUUGUCGCCACUCACAAUGGAUACUUUGUUUGUGUUCAGCUCGCGAUGGGGCCCACUCUGGGGUCCCCAUUUUACACAACUACCAGUACUCUAUGGCACUACGUUUCUGCUUGGAAUUUCUUGUGCGAUUUCUGGGAUGCAAUGGCUUGUAUCUCAGAGAAAGCAGCUAAAGGUUAUUCCACCAAUGCUAUCGCUAUUCUUAGCGUAUCUUACCUGCAACAUGUUUCAAGCACACUUGUUCUCUCGAUCAUCGUGCCAGAUCAUCCUUCUCAAUAGCGCCACUCUCGGCGUUUCUGGCGCUCUACUUUCAAUCUUCAUGCUAAGAAGUAACAGUGGAAACGCUGAAGUAGUCACAAUCUAUCGAAACUUGAUACCGCAAGCAAUUGUAGCGAUGACUAUCAUUUACAUAUUUACCAAAUCACCUCACUGCGGAUACAAUCUGGAGCGAGAGCAAGUGGUCCCCAACACCCAAUGGGUUAUUCUUGAUAAAGUAGAGUCCAUGACCGGCUGGGUAGAGGUCGUUGAAGAAACUGGUCGCAUGAACAUGAGAGUCAUGCGAAGUGGGCACUCGCUUCUAGGUGGACGAUUCCGGGACACCGGGGAGUCGAUCUUUCAGACAUUCCAUUUGUUAGAAGCUGUCAAUGUCUUUGAUCGACCGAAAUCGAAUGACAAGUCCAUUCGCGCACUGCAAAUUGGACUUGGCUGCGGUAUCGCUACCAAUGCACUAUUAUCUCAAGGAAUUGAUGUAGACGUUGUGGAGCUCGAUCCUGCUGUUUACCAUAUGGCUAGCAACUACUUCGAUCUUAUGCAGCCGUCAUCUGUUUACCUUGAAAGUGGUCGCACUCUUCUGGAAAGAUGCAACAGGAGCUCAUACGAUUUUAUUCUGCAUGACAUUUUUACUGGCGGCAGUGUCGCUCCUGGCAUGUUUUCAAGAGAGGUCUUGGAAUUGGUCAAGCACUGUUUAAAGGACAAUGGUAUUCUUGCAAUGAUCUUCGAGCAGGCUUGGAUAUGAUCGCUACCACUUUGAACGCCGUGUUUCAACAUGUGAUAUGCUACCGAGAUACUGAAGACGCAUCAGUCCAAUACACCAAUUACAUGUUUCUCGCCGCAGACUUUCCUUUGUCAUUUCACUCAUUAAAGGAUACCAAGCGCUCUUUCAGCCCAAAAACUGCCCAUAUCCUGAGCAGACUUGACAAAGUAUCAGUUGAUAUCAAUGUCAAUAUGCCCCAUGGCAUUAUAACCGACAAUUCGCUAGAUAAGCUUAAAGCUUC